GGUCAAAGACUUAGCUUAAAUCACAAACCUUUGUGUGCCGCCUCCUCUUCGUUCCAACCUCCGCAUGCUCUCCUUCGAUUUUUUCACACCAUUGCCAUUUCCAAACAAACCUUAACGAAACACACACCCAUAUCAAUCAUCCUAGGAAUUGUUUUACACGUGUCUCAAGGCAUGAAGAUUCCCUGUUGUUCUUUUUGUACUUGUUUCUCAGCAUCGGUCAAAGAACAAGAAACUAAGCACGAAGAGCCAGGUGAAGAGAACGAUGGAAACUUUCGCACAUUCACUUACAGAGAAUUGAAUUCUGCCACGCGGGGUUUUCAUCCCUCGGAAAAGAUCGGAGAAGGAGGCUUCGGCUCUGUCUAUAAGGGGCAGCUUCGGGAUGGAAGUUUGGUGGCUGUUAAAGUGCUCUCGAUUGAGCUAGAUUCCGUAAAAGGAGAGAGGGGUUUUGUAGCAGAAUUGAAUACACUUGCAAAUGUGAAGCACCAAAAUCUAGUUAUUCUUCGAGGGUGUUGUGUUGAAGGAGCCCACAGAUACAUAGUCUACGAUUAUAUGCAAAACAAUAGCCUUCGUCACACUUUCUUAGGUUCUGAGGAAAAAAGAAUGACAUUCAGCUGGGAGGCUCGGAGAGAUGUAUCAGUAGGUGUGGCUAGAGUGCUUGCUUUUCUUCAUGAGGAACUUCAACCCCAUAUUGUGCACAGAGAUAUCAAAUCCAGCAAUGUUCUUCUUGAUGAAAAUUUCACACCAAAAGUCUCAGAUUUUGGCCUGGCCAAGCUACUGAGAGAUGAAAAAUCCCACAUCAGUACCCAAGUUGCAGGCACAUUAGGUUAUCUUGCUCCGGAAUACGCCAGUUCUGGCCACCUGACACGAAAAUCAGAUGUUUAUAGUUUUGGAGUACUGCUUCUAGAAAUUGUGAGUGGCCAAAGAGCAGUAGAUGAUCGUUGUUUCAUAGUUGAGAAGUCUUGGGCUGCGUACGAGGGUAAUGAUCUUCUGAGAAUGGUGGAUCCAAUGCUGAAGAUGAACUAUCCCAUGGAAGAAGCUAAACGGUUUCUAAUGGUGGGGCUUUGUUGCGUGCAAGAAACGGCCAGGGUGAGGCCACGAAUGUCAGAGGUUGUAGACAUGUUGAGCAAAAACAUUGAGAUGGAAGAGUUUAAUGUUUCACGACCAGGAUUUGUGAAUGACAUGAGGAACGCCGGAACGAGGAGGCAAAUAAAUUCGUCAGAGGAAUCAAGUGCAGCAGCAUCCUUUGCAGAUUCCUCGGGAUGGAGUACCACCAAUCUUGCUCGUUAGAUUUCAUAGAUGCGUGCUUAGGUUGCUCUGUAGGAUCAUAAAUCGUUAACUGCGUUUAAGAUUCAUCAUAGUUUUUCUCAAGUGGUUACAAUCAUCAAUUUUUUUUUCCUGCAUAUAUAUGUAACAUGAAUUUUCUCUUUGGAAGGUGUUUUAUACAUAUCAGAAUGAGACAAUAGAAAUAUGUAA